UGUAUGUGUUUGAAGUGCAUUAGCGUUGAACUGCGCGAAUAUCUUCCGUUCGGGAAUCUCUCCAGUCUAUUUUGUGAGUCGCGUCGCGUGGUCGGCUCAAAGAGCAAAAUGAUAACUUUGAACAAAGUUUCGCGCCUUUUCGAAUGAAACAUUCCGUACGUUUAUUCCAUUUGUGAACUCCUUGGUGAAAAAAUGAGCACAGAUUAUACAUAUUUUUGAAUUUCGAAAAAGUACUUUAAUAAAACAUAGCCCACGUAAAAUGUGAUUUUUCGUGUCCUAAAGUGUCCGUCAUCAUUAAUAUAACCAUGUACACACCUACGAGCACGAACAUCUCAUACUUCGACGACAACUCGACAUUGUUUGACAGCGAAUAUACGCCAUAUAAAGACCGGGUGGAGACGUAUCUUGUUCCUUUUAUAUUUGCGAUCAUAUUCAUUGUGGGUGUCCUGGGAAAUGGAACUCUUGUGAUAGUGUACGUGAGGCAUAGAGGCAUGAGGAAUGCACCAAACACGUACAUAUUCUCUCUAGCACUGGCAGAUCUCCUAGUCAUUUUGAUCUGUGUCCCAUUCGUGUCCACAAUCUACACUCUGGAGUCAUGGCCAUGGGGUGAAGUCAUCUGCAGGCUCUCUGAAACGGGCAAAGACAUCAGCAUCGGAGUAUCUGUCUUCACGUUGACUGCAUUGUCAGCUGAACGGUACUGCGCGAUCGUCAAUCCAUUUAGAAAAUUACAAUUACGAAAAUUGCCAUUGGUUUGCGCUACAUUCAUCUGGGCGGCCGCUUUGCUGUUUGCAGCUCCGGCAGCGAUAUUUUCCAACACCUCGACGGCUCAUAUCCAUAACAAUGUCACUAUUCUCUAUUGCUCGCCGUAUCCACCUGGAUGGACGAAUUAUCCUAAAUGGAUGACGUUAGCUAAGGCGCUCAUUUACUACGCAUUGCCACUACUGGUGAUCGCGUUCUUUUAUGUCCUAAUGGCUCAAAGGCUGUUGGCCAGUACGAAAGAGAUGCCCGGCGCAUUACACGCAGGGCAAGGAGAGGCUCAGGCGAAAGCUAGGAAAUCUGUCGCAUGUAUGGUCUUGAUAUUCGUUAUAGUGUUUUUCAUAUGCUUUCUACCAUACCACGCAUUGGAAAUGUGGUUUUACUUAUCUCCAACUGCACAAAGUGAUUACAACGACUGGAUCCACGCUAUGAGAAUAAUGGGUUUCUGUCUUAGCUUCCUCAACUCAUGCGUCAACCCAGUAGCAUUAUACUGCGUGAGUGGUGUCUUCAGACAGCACUUCAAUAGGUACCUGUGCUGUCGCCGUGGCGCCCUACACCCUACUUGCAGCUCCAGAUUGUCUCGGACAGCCAUUUGUGAAACGUCCUUUAGGAGCACGCAGCGGCUUCGAUGUAAUAGGAACCCUACAGAGAGCGUCGUCAUUUCCAACUAUGACUACGGAAGUAAAAAGAAAAAUAAUUUAAUAUCCAGAAACAGCGAUGGUGUCACAAUCAUGACCAUCAGAGACUCCAAUGAUUUCCUCACCGACGUCAAUGAAAAAUGUAUUAACAGAUAAAUUAUUUGUAAUUAUUUUCCUUGUAAUUUUUUUUCAUAUUUUACAGAUUUAUUAUAGUUUAGGACCUUGUAUAAGAAGGAAAUUGGAUCAAGGAAUUGCUAGUAGAGAUUGAAAUAAAAUAUCUUAGUGGGAGGUUGUCGGAUGUUUAUCUACUACACUUGCUUCUGUAAUUUAAUUAUGUUAAAGAGUUAAACUCGAUUCAAUGGCUUUCCAUUCAUCCAAGUUUGACUUGAAACAAAAGUUUGUUUUUAUUUGAAGUAUAAACUCAAACAAAGAAUUAAUACAGUAUUUGUGUUACACACAUUGUAAGCGUUUAUUAUUCAUAAAAGCUAAUCAGUCGUAUCAUUUGUCUCUUUUUAUCACAGCGAAAAGCUUAUUUGACAGAAAGAGACAAUAAGAACAGAUUAAGUUUCUACACAGAUGUAAACUGUAAAAUACUAGUCAAACUGUAUAUAGAGUUAUCAUUUUAUUUAUUAUCAGUAGUAAAUAUUUAUAUAAAUAAGCAACUUACAAAUAAAUAAUUAAUAUCAUAGUAGGUAUAAGUCUUAAAUAUAUAGAUUCUCCAUUCCAUAUAUCAAUGUGUUAAUUGGUUAGGAUGUAAAGUAUUAUAACUGUAAUCAUUGCGUGUUAAUUAAGUGCGAAACUACUGCUUGAGCAUUUUGAAACCUCAGUCUCAAAUAGUUAAAAAUUGUCUUCAUUUAUAUCACUUCCCAAAUGUUUUUCUUUAAUCGUGAUUUUAUAUUAUUUUAUUAAAAUUAAUAAGAAAACUAGA